GGCUGCGCUCUGUCGGUCGUUUCGCGGACCUUUACUUCAGGCUUUUCUUAACAAGCAGCUUUUCCAAAAUCAGUGCGUGAGGCAAGCAGUCAUAAGCCUUCGACAGAUCCAUCAAGAUAGCACCAACAAAAUGACCCCGAUCGAGAGCCCAUCUCCACUCCUCUGUCAGCGCUAUUAGAGCGGAUUGGCAGCUGUACCCGUUGCGAUACGCUGAGAGGCUGCAGUGUGUUGGGCGCCAGUGCGAUGGCUAAACCUGCAUGAAUAUCAGAGCAAGCAGCUGAUGAUAGACCACAAUGUGAACGUGCAACAUUUCAGGUUGGCAGAGACUGGACAGGAUGCAGAUCGAAUAUCUAAGACCCUCAAGGUAAAAGAAUUUGUUAUAAAGGCUCAAAUUCUGGCUGGUGGUCGAGGCAAGGGAGUAUUUAGUAAUGGCAUGAAAGGUGGCGUGAAGCUAACAAAAGAUCCUGAGGAUGUCAAACCAAUUGUGAAGAGGAUGCUAGGUGAAUAUCUAAAAACGAAACAGACGACUGGGAAUGGAGUUUUAGUUAGUAAGGUGAUGGUCGCAGAGGCUCUGGACAUUGCGAAGGAGACGUACUUUGCAAUUCUCCUUGACCGGGAGUCGGGUGGCCCAAUGCUAGUUGGCAGCCCGGAAGGUGGAGUUGACAUAGAGACUGUUGCCGAGGAAAAGCCACAUUUGAUAUAUAAGGAACCCAUCGACGUGUUUACGGGCAUAACGACAAAGCAGGCGAACGACAUGGCAACAAAGCUGGGCUUCACAGAGGAGAAAAUACACAUGCAGGCUGCUCAUCAGAUCAUCAACCUCUACAACAUGUUCAUGCACGUCGACGCGACACAGAUCGAGAUAAACCCGUUUGGCGAGACCACAGAUGGAAGAGUCGUCUGCUUCGACGCGAAGAUCGCCUUCGACGACAACGCCGAAUUCCGACAGCAGAGCAUCUUUGAGCAGGGCGACACGGCCGAGGCCGAUCCUCGUGAGGUCGAGGCGGCGAAGAGCAGCCUGAACUAUAUCGGUCUCGAUGGCAACAUCGGCUGCCUCGUAAAUGGUGCCGGCCUUGCCAUGGCAACGAUGGAUAUAAUCAAGCUGUAUGGAGGAGAGCCAGCAAACUUCCUCGACUGUGGUGGCAGCGUGCAGGAGGACCAGGUCUACGAUGCGUUCAAGCUACUGACGUCAGAUACGAGCGUCAAAGCGAUACUCGUGAAUAUAUUUGGAGGGAUAGUCGACUGCACUGUGAUAGCUCAUGGUAUCGCUAAUACGUGCAAGUAUCUGGACCUGAAGAUUCCGAUGGUUGUUCGAUUAGAAGGUAACAACGUUGACAAGGCCAGGGAGAUUCUCAAAGGAAAGGGUCUGAACAUCAUUCCGGCUGAUAAUUUUGCUGAAGCUGCACAAAAAGUUGUAGCUAGUUUAAAAUAGGACAAAUAAAUAACUUUAUUACAGAUGUGUGAUUAAUUAUUGCCGGAAAGUGCAAAUCAGUGUCAGUAUAAAAUGUAGUCUUCACAAUCCCAUAUGACCCAUCACAUUAGAAAAUGUCAUUACAGAAUAUCUGUAAAAUACUCAAUCAUGUCUGUAAGUAAUUUAAAUGUAAAUACUAUAGUAGAUUGCAAUGAGGAUACGUAAAUAUGUGUGUCACUUGCAUGUCAUGAUUAUUUCACGUAACUAAUUUUAUGCUGUAGAACUGAUUAUGCACUUUCUAGUAUAAUUGGUAAUAAUAAUUGUUAUAGCUUGAAUUUUCCUUGCUUUUAAGUCACCUGAAUUUCAAAUUAAUGAAAUAUAGGUAGAUUCACUUGUCCUCCACAUAAGUAGUAUGACAAAAGUUGGUGUGAAAUAUAUAUCGAGAUACACUCGGUGCCUACGCUGUCGAUGUGACCAGCGGGAUUACUGGUGUGGGGAUCAAAUGUGUCACAUAUGAUACUCGCGUAAUCCUAGCUUUUUUGUGUAGUGUUCCAAGUUAUUCCUCCGGCUCCAUUUUGUUCCCUUUUGCACCCUUUCGUCGUGUGAAUUCGUAGUUUCAUUCCCGGUGACGUUGCCAUUUAUAGGCCUACAUGACGAAGUCAUGCAGUAUUGAAAAUGGACCAUGCAGGUGUUAACAAUAAUAAAUACAUUAAGUUUGAUUAAAACUGA